GGUAUUAAUUGGAGUGCAUUCCAAGAACCUAGGAAGAUUUGUGAUUGAAUCUUUGAAGUUAAGAAAUGCAACGGAAGCUAUGGUUGUUCAUGGUGCUAUUGGUCUAGAUGAAAUAAGCACUGAGGGCGAAACUUUUAUUUGGCAUCUCUCAGGAUCAAGCAUAAGAGAAUAUACCGUGACACCGUCGGAUUUCGGAUUGCCCAGUCACCCAAUAAGCGCAGUUAAAGGUGGCUCACCCGAAGAAAAUGCGGAUGUUCUUGUGCAAUUGCUUUCUGAUCAACUUCACGGGCCCAUCCUGGAUUAUAUCCUUUUAAAUUCAUCAGCCGCUUUAGUAGUCUCCGGUCUUGCCAAGGAUUUUAAGGAUGGGGUGAGACUCGCGCGCGAAAGCAUCUCAAGUGGCAAGGCCAAAAAAGCAUUAGACGAAUUCAGGCAACAUACUAGGAACGAACAUUAA